CGCACCACCACCGCACCGCUCGCCCUCGCCUCCGACAGCGACCGCGCAACCGCGUCGUCAUCCCCGGCCCCGGCGCCUCUCUUCUCCUCCGCAGCCGCCUCCGUUCUCUGUGCAGCCCUGAGCGUAUCGGCCGGAGCCACGCGGCGCGAGACAGCCGAGACCGAGAGGACCAGAGCAGCAAGCACUUGCACGGAGACGCGUCACUGACGACGAUGUCGACGACCUCCGCCAACUCCGCGGCGUCGCCGGCGGUGUCCGGCCUGGACUACGACGACACGGCGCUCACGCUCGCCCUCCCGGGCUCCUCCUCCUCCGCCGGCGCCGACGACCGCAAGCGCGCCCACGCCGACCACGACAGGCCGCCCUCCCCGAAGGCGCGGGCCGUGGGGUGGCCGCCGGUGCGCGCGUACCGGCGCAACGCGCUGCGCGACGACGAGGCCAAGCUCGUCAAGGUGGCCGUGGACGGCGCACCGUACCUGCGCAAGGUGGACCUCGCGGCGCACGACGGGUACGCGGCGCUGCUCCGCGCGCUGCGCGGCAUGUUCGCCUCCUGCCUCGGCGUCGGCGCCGCCGGGAGGCUCGUCGACGCCGCCACCGGCGCCGAGUACGUGCCCACCUACGAGGACAAGGACGGCGACUGGAUGCUCGUCGGAGACGUCCCCUUCAAGAUGUUCGUCGACUCGUGCAAGCGGAUCCGUCUCAUGAAGAGCUCCGAGGCCAGCAACCUAUCUCCAAGGGCAUCAUCCCAAUGAUUGCUGUCAUCGACCGAACGCAUAUGCGCAAGGCGGUUGAUCUGUCUGAAUUUGUUCACAACAAAAGCGUGCAGUGGAAGAGGCUUGGCUGCUCAGGUCCUCCAUGCACCCUAUACACCUUAGGAUCAGAGAUGUUCAGUCUGUUGUUGUGCUCUGUACAGGCCACACACAACCAUGGGAACUUGUCUCAGUUCCAGGUGCCCCUCCUCUCGGCCGGACGGUUUGGUUUUUGGACGCCGGCGAGAAGGGCGGCGCCGCCACUUUGUCAGCUAGAUUGUUAGUCCCGUUUUUUUCAGUUUCUUUCAGACUUGGGCUUCCAUGCCAUGCCAGUCCAUGUUUGCCCUCGGUCAUAUCUUGUCUCGAGGGGCGUUGAUGUGUAGUAUACACGAAUAUGGUACAUGCUGUGUGCUGUUUCCAUUGUAAGGUCAAAGAAUACAACUGUCACUGUUCUUGCAAUUCCGGCAGCCUGAUGUUCUUGCC